AUGUCUACUCCUGCAAAGGCCGCAACUCCUGCCAGGGAUGCGACCCCUGCAAGGGCUAGAACUCCCGCCCAAGUCGUGUUGAUCCCGGCCAAGGAAUACUAUCGGGGGAAAAGAAAGAGAGAUUCCGAGGACCAUCAUUCUGAGCCCAAAUCCCCAGCGGUGAAGGGACCUUCUACACCCGUACGUUCAGCAAAGUCGUCACCAUCGAAGAAAAGAGCGAAAAUGAAGCAAGAAACUGUCGAGGAGAUCGGCAAUGUGAAUAUUGUCGAUAAGGAUUCCAAAGUGGCGGAGAAGAUGGGGCUCGAAACUCUGGAGAAGAAGACCGAAGAGCUGCAAGGAUACGUCAACCAACUCCAAGAUGCCGUCACUAUUGGUAUGUAUCAGCUGCGCGACCUGAAGAAGAAAAUCGCCACUGCAAUUUCUACUCUUACACCAGCCGAUGAGUAA